AUGGCGCCGUUCCAGGGGCAGCGGCGGCUUGUGCCUGGGACGCGCGUCAAGAUUGGCGAGCAUGUCGUGACGGUGCAGCGCUUUCUGAGUCAGGGCGGCUUUGCGCAUGUCUAUCUUGUACAGGCCGACAAGGCGGUGCAGCUGCCGAGCGGCGAGACGACCGCGACACUCGUCCUGAAGCACAUGUGCAUCUGGAACAAGGACGCGCUCGCCGCCGUGCGUGCAGAGGUCGCGCACCAUCGAUUGCUGCACGGGCACACGUCGAUCGUGCACUUUGUCGAGGCCUCGGCGGCGAACCUGCAGGGCGACGGCUGGGAGAUCUUUAUCCUGAUGGAGUGCUGUGCGGGGGGCGGACUGAUCGACUUUCUCAACACGCGCCUGCAGAAGCGCCUCGACGAGGGAGAGGUUUUGCGCAUCUUUCGCGACGUGUGUCGCGGCGUCCAUGUGAUGCACACAAUGGACCCGGUGCUCGUCCACCGCGACUUGAAGAUUGAAAACAUCCUCAUGAGCCAGGCGAGCCCACCGCAGUUCAAGCUGUGCGACUUUGGCUCGUGCUUCGAGGUGCGCGAUCGCAGGCCGGCGCGUACGCCGGACGAAAAGAAACAGCUCGAAAAGGAGCUCAACAUGCACACUACGAUCUGGUACCGCGCACCAGAGAUGGUCGACCUGCGCCUCGAGCUCGUCAUUGACGAGCGCGCAGAUGUGUGGGCACUGGGUGUGCUCCUGUACAAACUAUGCUUUUACACGACGCCGUUCGAAGGGCCAAACGGCGGGCCAGCCGCGAUCCUCGCGGGGCGAUACGAAAUGCCUCCGCACCCGCCCUACUCGCCGGCAAUGCGCUCUUUGAUCAGCUCCAUGCUCCAGGUCGAUCCGAAACGCAGGCCGACAGUCUUCCAAGUCCUCGAUCGCAUCCAGCACCUCUUGCACCCCAAGGGCGCCGAGGCCCAGGCGCCGGCACGCGCAAGCCCCGUACCGCGCCCGGCGACGGCCGCACGCCUCGAACGCACCGACGCACGCGAAAGCCCCAAGCCGGAUCCGCGCGAAGUUGACGAGGCAUCGGCACGCUUCCCGAGCCUCGAGGAACUCAACGCAAAGCCAAAGGGGACCGUCAAGGCGAUGGCCGCCAACUUCCGCACCCAAGAAGCGCCGCUCGCGUACAAGCCGCGCGCGCGUCCGGAUCGCACACAUGCGGCCAAGACCGAGACGCCGGCGCACACGGCCGUCGACAUGCAUUCCAGCGACGAAGACGCACCGGAGGACGCUGAGCCGAUGAACCUCUUUCGCAUCCGCGCGCGUGGCAGCGGCGCGCAGGGCAGCAUCGCGAUCGAUAUGCCGGAUGCCAGCAGCGUCCGGGGGCAAAUUCAAAACCUCCAGGACGCGGUCGGCGCGCGGCCCAAGCCGGCACAGCGGCCGGUGCGCUCGCUCAGCGAACUGCUUGCAGAAGAGAGCGCACGCACCGCUGGCGACACGUCGCUUCCUGCCGAGCCGCCCCAACAGGAGGAGCUCGCAUCGAUUGAGGCGCACGAGCGCGCGCUCGAGGCACUCCUCGGGCCGGGGCCGACACCGACCAAAGAGCCGGCCGUCGGCGACUUGCUGGGUAUCGAGGGGCUGAGUGUCGCGGCUGAGCGUGCGCCGGCUUGGGACGACGACGAGGAACGCCCUGCGCCAUCUCAGCCCAAGCCCAAGCCACAGAUUGCACGCAAGCCGGUGGCGCCGCGUGUUGCGUCACCGCCGGCGGUCGAAAAGCCAGCGGUCAAGCCCAAGCCGGUUCCCGCCAUGGCGCCGCAGCGUUCGUCGACGUGGGACGUCGCGAGCAAGCCGCCGCCGCCGAAGCCCAAGCCCAAGGUGUACGUCGACGCAGCGACGUCGCCCGGCAUCGACGCGAGCCCGGCAUCGCGUCCGGUCUCGCCCGCGCCACAGGCGCGCGAUGCCGAUGCACUUGACGGCGCGCCGAGCGUCAAGACGCGCAUGGAACAGCUGCGCCAGUCUGAUGCGCCAAAGCCCGCCGAAAAGGUGGCUGCUGUCCAUCCCAAGCCCAAGUGGCCGCCGGCACCCAACGGUGUCGAGGCAGAGAGAAGAGAGGACAAGGCGGAGAAGCAAGGCAGUGCGCCGGCCAAGCCCGCUGAAGCGCCCAGGAAUGUACAGUCACCACCUGUUGCCGCGCCACGCAGUACUACGUCGUCGCCCAAGCCGGCGAGCGAGCCCCGCGAACUAGCCGGCGCGCAGAAAGGUGUGUAUGUGCCUCCCUUUGAGGAUGAGGAAGAGGAGAAGGAUGUGAAAGAAUCAGGAGUACUAGAAACCGAGGAUGAAAAGCAGGCCGAGAUUGCGGCAGAAGCAAAGGAAACGGAGCAGCCCAAGGAGGACCCUAAAGAAACGGAACCCGAGCAUGCCAAAGACACGCCCAAAGAGACUAACGAGCAUGUCUUGAUACCGCUGGACGAGCCCACCGAGCCUGCCGAGGCCGAGAAGCCGCUCGAGUCCGACCCCGAGCCUUUUGAGCCGCCAAGUGAGCCCGAACCUAAGCGUGCUCCCUCCAAGCCCGCGCCGCCCAAGUCGGUCUCGCCCUCCCCCGACCCCUCUCCCAAACCCUCUCCGAGGCCCUCGAGCGACCAUUCGGCCGCCCACGCACAGUUCGGUGCCGCGCUUCUCGCGCAGCGCGAAGGACAGCGCAAGCUCACCAAGCGCCCCGCCCAGAGCUCUGGCGUGCGCCCCGAAAAGCCCUGGGAAAAAGAAGCCGCCGAUGCGCAGCACCGCCAAGGCCGGCUUGUCGCUGCGGCCUUCCGUACCGAGCCAAAAGACGAGGAGAAGGAGGAAGAAAGCGGCGAGUCAUUUGCCGGUGUCAAUGCACUGAUCAACCGGUGGCAGUCGCGAACUAUGUAG